GAAAGUAUUAUUUUCUCCGGACAUAGGAUGAUCCCUUUCGAGAUUAAUAUUUCGAGAAUGAUUUUUCGAGAAUCAUUACAUGCAUUGAAAUAUAUUCGCGCCCCUCUCGCACUCGACAAAUGAAAGCUGCCGCGUAAUUAACCAAAAUCCAUCCUAAGUUAUAAUCAUGCGUCAUUAAACAACUUUGGAACAAACAUCUAAAUUUAUCAAGUAUCAAUCAUGUGCGACCACUGCAGAACUUACAAAUCAAUGCUGAAAGAAGGGGACGGUAACGGUAACGGUAAAAUAUGUUAUCAGAUGGAGAUGCCAAAACCCAUCAGUAUGCAACCCAUCACCAUGCAACCUAUCAGCAUGCAACCUGUCAGCAUGCAGCCCAUGCCAUCGACGAAGCAAUCCAGGAAUCUCGACGCCGAUUCGACGGGGUGCUGCUCGUGGAGGAAGACCUGCUGCGACGGGAUGUGUUGCAGGCACGUAGGCAACUGCUGCGCCACAGGAUUGGAGCCUCGAGUGGCCGAAAAACCGAUGCCUACUUACCCCACUUAUCCCACUUAUCCAGUUAUCCAACCAACACCGAUGCCACCGCCUUAUCCGCCCGCCGCUUAUCCUUAUCCCUCCGUUGAAGUGCCUCCCCCCGAGGUGCCUGAGAGAGUGCCCUGCAGCCAGGAGAAGAAGUUGCCUCUAUGUUACGGGGGCGAUUGUCAAGAGAUGAACCAGUGCAAGAAUAAGGACAUCGUAAACGAUUCGGAGCCGAGGCAAUCCGAGCGAUAAAGGAAAUAUCGAAACGAACGAGGAUGACGAUCGAAUGAAAAAAUGGACGGCCGCGUUCCUCCCUCCAGGCAGGGGAGUAUAGAGUCUAAAAAGCGACGUUGUUGCCAAAUUUGGAAGGAAAAUUAGUUAAGAAGGAUUAUUCCAUUCUCUUUCUUGGCAAACACGAAACUUGGUCUUCGCCAUCCCAACAGUAUACUACACUUCGCAGGUGGAUAUACUUUGAAAAUGAAAUUUCCCGGAGGGGGAGACGGAAUAAAAUAAAUUAUCUCGGUUUUCCGUUCAUUCGCGAGCAAAAGUUGGACAACAACCCCUCC